AUGUUGGGACUCAAGGCACGGAUGUUGAUUAUCGAUAAUUCAGGUGGAUUAGUAGCUGAAUGUAUCAAUGUUCUUAAAUUCAAAGGAAGACAAGGUCAUGCAAGAAUAGGAGAUGAAAUAGUAUGUGUCAUCAAAAGAGCAAGACCGAUUCCACAAACCACAACAGGACCAUCAUCAUCAUCAUCGAAUUUAUUAGCAUCCAAUAAAGUUAGAAGAGGUGAUAUUAGAAGAGCAGUGAUUGUAAGAACUAAAAAAGAAACCAAUCGAUCGGAUGGUAAAUCGAUUAGAUUUGAUGAUAAUGCAGCUGUACUUUUAAAUAAUAAAAAAGAACUUUUGGGUACUAAGAUCAAUGGGGUGGUAGCUGCUGAAUUAAGAGAAAAGGGUUGGGGUCGUAUUAUGUCAUUGGCAUCUAGGGUUGUUUGA